CUCAUAACCUCAUCGUCUUUGCAGAUUUCCGACAUCCGACCUCUUUUCCAUUGAGUCGAUCACAUUACUUCAGCUAAACACUACACAUUCGACAGCAGCUCUCUCAUCGUACCACUCGACGUACAGAAAGUGAUGGGUCUUAAAGGCUGGUACGCCUUUCUUCGUAAGAAGGGUUACCAACCCUCUGUACUUUACCCAUCAGCCGCGUCAACAACCUCGAGCACCGCCACCAGAAGAGUCGACCUUCUCUCUCGCUUUUCAGUCAUCAGGAAUGCUUAUACACGAAACUCCAUCGAGAUGGCCCAUACGAUUCUAGAGCUGGAUGUCAUGCGGUUCGGGACCAAGGAAAACAUCAUUAUCUACGUCGACGGAGUCCAGGCAGAGGAGAAGGAGUUCACUGCUCAGAUCCGCCAAGAAGCUCGAAGAAGACCAUUAAGCAAUGCAAAGAAAGUGUGGAUGAACUACAAAGACGGAUCGACAACAACCUCAAGGUUCGUAAGCGACACUUUGCCGAUGCCUGGACCAGCCUUGCGUCCUCCUUCUAUUGGUCCCUGCCCAUCCGUAAUGCAUUUGUCAAGUAUAUGCAGGACGAGGGGUGGAACAUUCAGCGAUGCGAGACGGAAGCUAAUGUUGUGAUCGCUCGGGACUGCAGAUCUGACGAUAUUGUCGUGUCUGCGGACAGCGAUAUGCUCGCGUACCCAUCCGUGUCAACCAUGUGGCGCCCGAUUUCAAAGAACUUGAUUCUGAUCUACAAGAUAUCGGAUAUCUGUGAGGUUCUCGGUGUGUCCAGGAUCCAACUCACGGCCCUCGCUGUUGCCUCCAACAAUGACUACGGAAAAAAUAUCUACCCUCUUGGACCGGCGACCAACCUUUCGAUUAUCAAGACGAUCAAGAAACAAGAUGUGCGACAGACGGUGAAUGCA